CUACUGUAUUGGACCGACCUUGAUCUCCUUGGAGUCUUAAGUUAGAGACAUCUCAUGUUGUUGCUCCAAAGCUCCUUUUCAUUCACACAACCACCUGCUGGGGUUAUCUUCCUGAGGAGAGAUCCCUAAUGGAGAGUUUUCUUUCUGCUGUCCUGGGUGAGCUGGCCUCUAGAUCCAUAAAUUUCUUCAUCAGCAGAAGCUCCAAGCCGAAGGUGCUGGAGGUCGAGGACAGACUGAAAAGGGCUCUCCUCAGGGCUCAGGUAAUCGUCAACGAGGCCACAGGACGGAACAUCACAAACCAAGCUAUGCUCCAGCAGCUGGACAUGCUGAGAAAUGCCAUGCACCAGGGAUGUUACAUGCUUGACACCUUCAGAUACCAAUAUCAUGGUGUGGAGGACGCCAAAGAUCAGGUUCUGAGUCAUUCUCUGUCUCUCUCUAAAGUAAGUUCUCUGAAAGGAAUUGGUUCUUCCAAUAGAAAGACACUGCUCUUAGAACAAUUGCAAGAGGCCCUUGACAAUUUGAGUUCUAUGAUCCUUGAUGUGAAGGAGUUGGUUGUGAUCCUGCCGAGCUAUCCUCGCCUGAACUGCCAGCCUUAUAGCAUGCAUCUCCAGCUGAGCAACUGCAUGUUUGGCCGCCAGAUGGAAUCUGAACUUGUGAUCAACUUCCUGUUGCACACACAGCGUCAUGGUUCUGAAGAACUGGACGUCCUGCCAAUUGUUGGCCCUGGCAAAGUUGGCAAGAGCACCCUUGUUGCUCAUGUUUGCAAGAAUGAAAGGGUUCGUGAUCAUUUCUCAGAAAUCUUGUUCUUGCGCGACCAUGAUUUUACAGAUGAUAACCUCUCUGUAUUCAGAGGAUGUGCAACAAGACAACAAAAUCGCACAUCGAACUCGAAUAAAGAUAGGGGAUGGCUAGUUGUUGUUGACUUAGUUGGUGAUCUUAAUGAAGAUGCAUGGAAUGUGUUAUAUUCUUCUUGUAAACAGAGAAUUCCAAGCACCAGUAAAAUAAUAAUUGCAAGCCGAUCUGCCAAGAUCACGAAGUUUGCAACAACACAUGCUCUAAAUUUGAAGUAUCUGUCCAGUGAAGCGUUCUGGUAUUUCUUCAAGACAGUUACAUUUGGAAGCAUAGAUCCCAAGAUGCACCCGAGGUUUGUGCAUGUGGCGAUGGAGAUAGCCAAUAAGUUGGAGAGAGGCAUCAUUGGUGCGAAUAUGCUCUCUCGUUUGCUAAGGGACAAUUUUGACAUCCACUUUUGGUGCAAGGUUCUAGCCUUCUUGAGAGGGGUCGUAGAGAAGCAUGUAUCCAAAUUCGGUGUUCAUCCAUUUCAUCUGAUUAACCAGAAUAAACCUGUCCAUCUUGGGAGAUUGGCUACACCUUUUGAAGACCUUAUAUUUUAUUGUGAGCAUCAAAUCUCUUCACAAGAGGAUUUUCCAAAGAUAAGAUUAGAAGAUGUGAUGUAUGGAAGUGUUACGGCUCUUGGGAAAUUGGAGUUCCUAGGAUGGAUUUCUCCAAUACCGCCCUACUAUAGCUAUGUAGUUACUUGUGAGGUGCGAGAGCUAAAACGUAGUGCUGCUAAGAGGAAACGUUCCAUAGAAAAUGGAACGACUCUUUGUUAAUUAGAUGUAUUGUUAGGAAUAUCUCUGUAUGUUUUGGCAGGGUGUCACAAGUUACAGCAUAAUAAUAAUGUCACAGGU